CGAUCACCAAACGCUUUACUCCAAACGCCGGAUGAUAUCGAUGAAAAACGCACUGUUUUAGUUUCAACCUAAUUUUCUCAUUUUAAUUGAUAUUCUAUUUCAUUCCAAUCAUGGCAAGAAACAGUGAAAAGGCCAUGACGGCCCUUGCCAGAUGGCGAAAUGCUCAUAUGGAUGAGAAAAAAGAAGUGGAGAGGAGACCAUACCUGGCCACAGAGUGUGAUGAUGUGAAAAAGGCAGAGAAGUUCAGACGCCAGAUCAUUGGAGAGGUAUCCAAGAAAGUUGCACAGAUUCAGAAUGCGGGUCUGGGUGAAUUCAAGCUGCGAGACAUCAAUGACGAGAUCAAUAAACUUCUGCGGGAGAAAGGCCACUGGGAAGACAGAAUCAAGGAGCUGGAUGGGCCUGACUACCGGAAAAUUGGACCUAAGAUGAUGGACCAUGAAGGAAAGGAGGUCCCGGGAAAUAGAGGUUACAAAUAUUUUGGAGCAGCCAAAGAACUUCCUGGUGUCAGAGAGUUAUUUGAACAAGAACCCCCACCCCCUCCACGUAAAAAUCGGGGAGAGUUGAUGAAAGAUAUUGAUGCUGAUUACUAUGGUUACCGGGACGAAGAUGAUGGUGUGAUUGUUCCUCUAGAACAGGAGGUUGAGAAAAAAGCUAUUGCAGAUAAAGUGAAAGAAUGGAAAGAGAAGCAGGAGAAGAUUGACCGGGGAGAAAUAUCGGAGGAGCCAGAGCAGACAGAACUAGUGACUCCACAGAUAUAUCCACAGGAUGAGGAUGAAGAAGACAUGGAGGUUGACCAGCCAGCUGAGGCGGGAGAGGAGGUUGAGAUGCAGCACUUUAUUGCCCACGUGGAGGUGCCAUCACAAAAACAGAUUGAAGAAGCCUUAUUACAGAGAAAGAAAAUGGAAUUGCUACAGAAGUAUGUGAGUGAUGACCAACAGGCGGAAGAAGGCCAGGUGAAACAGAUGCUUGGAUUGUGAGAGUGGUCAAAUUCAAACAAACACGCGGUGAAAUACAACGAAAUCUUAACUGUCAAAAAAGUGCUGGUACAUUCAUACAGGUAAUGAUAGGUGUCAGUCUUAUCCUUGGAUUUCAACAGUGAUCUUCAUCUGACUACAUGCGUAUGCUUAAAUAGGGACAAAAGCCUUUCUCUGAAAGAUGCUUGGAAUUUUGAAGGAUCUUUCCAGGGCUUGAAUUUGGAUUUAUAUAAGUUGGAAACGUUGUUGGAAUGUGUCUAAAUGAUCUCAGAUGUACACAGGUCUACUUUGUGAGAGAGAUCAGAGUCCUGUCUGAUGAAUGUUUAAAUUUUGACCGAGUCUCAGAAAUAGUUAAAAGUUUAUGCAUUAAAGCAGUACUUUUUCUGACUGGUGUGAUGGUAUAUGAAGGUUUUGUUCAACUAUUACAGGCUUUAUUUAUAGUGAACCAAUUAAGUUUCAAUGUUUCUGGAAUGGAUUCAUGUAUGUUUGGUGGAUACUGUUUAUUACACAAGAAGCUGGUUUGAUAUGUUUCAGAUUUUGCACACUAGAAUCUACACUUGUUGUACUGGUUGCAAUAUGCCUUUAUAGAUUAAUAAUAUCACUAACUGAUAUUUAUAAAUAUAAGUUUUGGUAAUAAGUUGUAUAUAUCAGUGAAAUUUUCAUAAAGAUGAAACAUUUGUAAAUACUGUUUGUAUCACCAUGUGAAUAUGUUGUUUUCAUUAUCAGUUUUAUACAAAUUUAAUACUUUUCUUUCAUUUACCGGUACUCACUUUGUGUCUUGGCUUGUGGUCGCAUGGUUUUGUAAAUGUCAGCAAAUCGAAUUGUGACCACCCUUGAUAAUGACCUACAUUAUUUAACAUAAAUAAUGUAUUGAAUCCAUGUCCACGUACAUUUGUUUGUGCAGGACAAAUCUCUCCAUUUGUUUGACAUUAUUAGAUUUCAAACUCCUCAUAUAUACAAUGUAUUCAUUUUACAAACCUUCAUUAUGUAUACAGGGAAACAAAUUCAUAUUUCAAACCUUCAUGAACAUGAAAUGUUACAAAUAAAUGAUGAAAAAAUA